AUGUCCUCCACGCCAUCCGCUGAGCCACCUCAAUCAACCCGCCGUUGGGCCAAAAUCGUUCUGGAGAAUUGCACUGGUUCCCAUUUCAAGUUCCAAGUUCUCCAUGAAUACACCGGCGAGCAAACCAACAAUUCUGGAUAUAUCCUCUUCAAGCCGGAUGACAAGAUUACUGUAUUCGACCAAGUCUACUACAACACUGGAUUCUUCACAACUGGAGUCGACAACUGGAAGGUUCAUGGAACUCGUCUCAUUGAGGUGUCACCGGAGAGCAAAUUCACUGAAAUGAUCUCUGGAAAAUUCUUCAUUGAUGGACUACCGUAUGCCAGUGGGCAUGGAGCCUUUGCAUCGUGGAAGAAGCACACUUUGAGAUCAGAGGAUGAUGGACAGGAGACGAUAAUCAAAGUGUAUCAAACGGAGGUUCAGUUCAUUUCUCCAAGUGGAAGAUCGACGACUACAUUCAACACACUUGGACAGGAUAUUCUCCCAUUUUCUGCUAAUCCACAACAACGCCAUUGA